AUGAAUUCUGUUUUAAAACAUUCACCUAAUUGGAGAAUGAACAAAACGGUUUUGAAUAAAUUUUUGGCAUUGCCUCAACCCGAAAAUAAAUGCAUCGUGUCGUAUAUAUGGAUCGAUGGUACGGGUGAAAAUUUAAGAAUGAAGGAUAGAGUUUUCGAUUACUUUCCCGAAUGUCCAGAAGAUUUGCCUGUUUGGAACUACGAUGGAAGUUCAACGUAUCAAGCCGAAGGACACAAUUCCGAUACGUUUUUAGUACCCUGCGCUUUAUAUUGCGAUCCGUUUAGGCUCGCACCUCACGUCCUCGCUCUCUGCGACACGUACAAGCACGAUAAAACCCCGACGAAAACGAAUCAUCGUGCUGGUGCUUUGGAAGCAUUGGAAGCAGCUAAAGAACAUAAAUGUUGGUUUGGAGUAGAACAAGAAUAUACAAUGUUAGACAUGGAUGGUUAUCCGUUCGGUUGGCCGAAAUGCGGUUACCCCGGUCCUCAGGGUCCCUAUUAUUGCGGAGUCGGAGCUAAUAAAGUCUACGGUAGAGAUAUUGUCGAAGCGCAUUACAGAGCUUGCAUGUAUGCGGGAAUACCGAUCGCCGGAACGAAUUCCGAAGUUAUGCCAGCCCAAUGGGAAUUUCAAUGUUUGCCAACGUUGGGAAUAAAAGCAGCCGAUGAUUUAUGGAUCGCGAGAUAUCUUUUGCAUCGCGUCGCCGAAGAAUUUGGCGUCGUCGUAACACUCGAUCCCAAACCGAUGGAGGGUAAUUGGAACGGUGCCGGAGCCCACACAAAUUUUUCAACGGCAAAUAUGAGAAAAGACGGAGGAAUGAAAGCCAUAGAAGAAGCCAUUGGAAAAUUAUCGAAAAAACACAAAGAACACAUAAUGGCCUACGAUCCGAGAGGAGGAAAAGACAACGAAAGACGAUUGACCGGAAAAUUUGAAACAUCUUCCAUAAAUGAUUUUUCUUCCGGUGUUGCUAACAGAGGAGUAAGUAUUCGUAUACCUCGUGGAGUUGCCGAAGAUGGAAAAGGAUGGUUGGAAGAUCGAAGGCCAUCAUCUAACAUGGAUCCAUACUCCGUUUUCGAAAUUUUAGUUCGCACUGAAAAAAAAAUUUUUUAUAGCAGUCUCAUGCCAGACAUGUCAAAAAUACCACACGAAAAUCUUGGUGACGCAUUGGAAGCAGCAGUUCGCGAAGCAGUAGACGAUAACACGUUCAGAAAAGUAAAAAGAUGCAGCUACGCACAGACACCACAAGACACUUUGAGUCAGAUAUUAGGAAAAGGUAGGAAUUCCGUGAAUCAAAACAACAAUCAAAAUCAAAACAAUAAUUUAAACUUACAAGAUCCCGCCAUUUUGGAUCAAUUGAUAACGGCUUUGUUGGGACAACAAGCGGGACAAUCAACGACUCCUCAUCAAGCCUUUAAUAGAAUGAGACCAAUGUCGAGAUCUAUGAGACAUUCUAUGAGAGUUAAAAAUGAAAAUUCUAAAAGAAGUUCAUGGAUGAUAAAUCAAAAUCAAGGAGGAAGCGGAAAUGGUGGAAAUGGCGGCGUUAACAACGGUUCGAGCGGACAAUUACCCACCAUAAUGGAAGGCAACGGUCUUAAAACCAAUGCUACCAACGUUAAAAUCCUUUCUUUAUCCGAAAAAGCUCUCAAUGCUCCAGUCGUUCGUAACGUUUUGCAAUCAUUAUCGAACGUCCCUCAAAAAUUCACUUCCGAUGACGUAGAAACGGGAGAAAAUGAAGAAUCCAACGUUAGAAAAAAUAAAUUUCAAAGGAGAAAUUCAGAGGCUUCCAUUAGAAGAAAUUUACUUUAA